AUGAUGGGAUUUGUAGUCCUGCGCGGGGCAGCGCACACAGCGUUGUUACUAUGGCGACGACCUCGGGGUUCGGCCUGACUCGCCUGGGCUGCGAACGCUUCUCCCGGUUCGGUGCUUCCUCCAAACGCCGCACUGUCCAAACUGUGCUGCUGAGUUGCUUCCAGCACAGAGCAGCACCGCGCCCAUUGUGCACUCGCAGGCAGGAUUCCUCAGCCCGUUCUGCUCCCGAAUGCCAUUUGCAGCCCUUUUCAGAGCAGAGGAAUGAAUGGCAGAGAGGACGAGGGGGCUGAUGAUGACUCACGGACCACCAGGACAGACAGACCUCACCGCCCUCACUGCCUGCCCCGCGCCUCCAGGGGGGGGUAAACACAGCUCCCCCCAAACCAGGGAUGUGAAAAGAAACCAAUGAAUGAACGAAUGCGCGAUAAACAUUUGUCGUUUUCUGUUUGUCGUUGUGUCACAGCCCCGGCCUGCUGUGAGCUGCGCUUGUGGGAAACCACAGUGACCACAGCAGCGAGAGAACAGCAAAAGGUUUCUCCUGCCCGACCAGGGCAGGGAUUAACAGCAAGUCCUGGUCGCAGCGCGGCACAGGCGCUGUGCUGAUGGAGGAAAACCCCAUCUCGGUUGGAACAGUGCAGCCAACGCCAGCCAGAGCUCAUCCCGCUGCAAGGGGCAAAGCCCAGAGCCCCUGCACAGCCCCCCUGCUCCUGGCAGGCCUCCAUGGGCGGGCAGCUCGCUGUGCUCGGUUCAGCAUUGACUGGCAAGUCCUCUUGUCUGUCAAGCAGAAAGCCCUCCUCCUUAGGAGGGAUUUAAGGGGCUUUCUAUGGCUGUAGACUACAAGGACAAAUAGCACCCCCAAGCCCCAGAGCUCGGGUAUGAAGCUCCUCGCUCCGCCGGGGCUCGUGGGGAGAAGAUGGAAGGAGAAAUCGCAGUGUAAAGCCGAUGAGCUGAGCUGAAGGCACUGCUCCAUCCUUCCCACCACAAAGGCAAAAAAAUGUGAUCGGAGGAGCCGACCAGCUGAGCAGCCCGCCAGCUCCUGCAUCCUGCUCCUGCUGCCUCGCAUCUCCUCUUCUCCCCCUUUGCCUCCUGCAAGAGCAAGCCUUUCAUUUGCAACCUCGACUCCCGACAAUCCCUGUCAAUAAAUGAGGGAGCAUAAUGCUGAACAGCAUCACCGAGGGGUUCCUCUGCUGCCUGAUGGGCAAAACGACCAACGCCGUGGGGCCGCUGGACAGCGUUGAGUCCAGCAAUGGCUACAGCUUCUUGGAGGUGAAGCCAGGCAGGAUCCUGAGGGUACGGCACAGCGCUCCGAGCCGCCCUCCUGCUGAGCCCCCCGAGGAGCCCGGGGCUGCAGAGAGAGGCACGGUGCACUGCAAGCGCAAGAUCACGCUGUACCGCAACGGGCAGCUGGUGAUCGAGAACCUGGGGGACGCCGUGCGCUCCGAAAUCCUGCACUGCUCCAACGGCACGGCCGAGCCCAGCAGCACCGUGGAGCUGGAGCUGUCUGAGCUGGCUGGCCAAACCCCUGUGCAGGGCUCUGCUGGCACGCCGGGCUGCGGCACGCCGGGAUCUGGUGCGCGAGAUGCUGCGGCUGGGAAACGUCGGAAGCGUAAACCCAAGAAAGUCAUCAACAUCGACUGCAAGAAGCAGAUCACGAGCUGCAAAGGGACGCACGGUGACGUGGUCCUGUUCUUCAUCCACGGCGUGGGCGGCUCGCUGGACAUCUGGAAGGAACAGCUGGACUUCUUCACCAAGCUGGGCUAUGAGGUGGUGGCUCCUGACCUGGCCGGCCACGGCUGCAGCUCAGCCCCGCAGAUCGCUGCUGCCUACACCUUCUAUGCGUUGGCUGAGGACAUGAGGGCCGUCUUCAAGCGCUACGCCAAGAAAAGGAACAUCCUGAUAGGGCACUCGUAUGGGGUCUCCUUCUGCACCUUCCUAGCCCACGAGUACCCCGACCUGGUGCAUAAAGUGAUCAUGAUCAACGGAGGAGGCCCGACGGCGCUGGAGCCCAGCCUGUGCUCCAUCUUCAACAUGCCCACCUGCGUGCUGCACUGCCUGUCCCCAUGCCUGGCCUGGAGCUUCCUCAAGGCUGGCUUUGCCCGCCAGGGUGCCAAAGAGAAGCAGCUGCUGAAGGAAGGCAACGCCUUCAACGUCUCCUCCUUCGUGCUGCGUGCUAUGAUGAGUGGGCAGUACUGGCCAGAGGGUGACGAGGUGUACCACGCCGAGCUGGCUGUGCCCGUGCUGCUGGUGCAUGGCAUGCACGACAAGUUUGUGCCAGUGGAGGAGGACCAGCGCAUGGCAGAGAUCCUGCUGAUCGCUUUCCUGAAGGUGAUCGACGAGGGCAGCCACAUGGUGAUGAUGGAGUGCCCCGAGACUGUGAACACCCUGCUCCACGAAUUCGUCCUUUGGGAGCCCGAGACGCCAGCUGAGGACGGGCAAGGAGAGAAGAAAUAAGGUGGUGGGGACGCGGUG